GUGACCUACUGCCUGUCUGAUGACUCCAUACCUGUAAGCUGCACAAAUUUAGGUUUUGUUAAAGAUAUUUCAGAGGAUGAGGUUUUGGAUCGUUUUAUUUUCCUGCAGUUUAAAAGUGAAAGUUCAACACUGGCUAAUACACAGUUUUCUGACCACCUCCCCUCUACCCACAAGCCCCACGCACGCCCAUUCCUCAGAAGACGCACAAGAGAGAGUUACACUUGAUCAGUCUUUACGCAGCGCUCCAUGGGCUCUGCGUUCAAUGGAGCGCCUCUGAACUCCAGACUUUUAUUCGCUGGGGAGGCUUUAGAAAAGUUGUUGAGCUGAUCCAAAGUUGAGGCGACAUGUCGGCCGCGCAGGGACUUCUCAACAGCGUCUUUUCCUGCUCCUCUCCUGCCUCCAAAGCAAUAGCCAAGAGGAGGCUGCGCCAAACCCGCAGCCUGGACCCGGCUAUCAUACGGCACUGUGGGACCGGGACCGAUGGGAUGAGCGGGGCGCAAUUUGCGGCCGCCGACGCAGGUGCGCCGCCGGGUGCGAAGCCGGCUUUGCGCGCCAGGAUCCCGAAGUUGAAAGAACCCAUCACGCCGUCGGUCUCCUCCCCAUCCAUACCUUCGGACGUUUCUCCUUCCUCCAAUUUCCACUUCGACUAUGAUAUCGCCAAGCGCCCGAAAAGGAAUACGGCGGGGGAUUUACCGUUUAUGGUGAGGGGAGCCGGCGCUGCGCAGUCGGGGAGCACCGGCGCGCUCUUCUCGCCGCGGAGGUGGCUGCAGAGGAAAGUUCAGCCGACCUGCCCUCAUGCGUAUGUCGUGUGGAAAUCAGAGGGGGAUUUCACCUGGAGCAGUCUGUCGGGGCGGAGCGUACGCCUGACUCCAGUCGCCGUCCAGAGCCUGUCAGAGCUGGAAAGAGCCAGACUGCAGGAAGUAGCCUACACCCGCUUACUCCAGGACUAUGACCUGGGAUGUCAAAUAACCAUCCCAAAGGGUAGGAUAGCCAAAGAAAAGAGCAAAGACAAAGAGUGUGUACCCCAGGCUUUCAGCAUACCCCUGUCCCAGGUCAUUGCCAACGACAGAGCGCACAGGCAGCGCCAGGAUGCCUACCGCCUGGACCCUCYGCAAAGGGAGGAGCACAAAGACUCCUCUGACCUUGUGUCAUCCAUUUUGCAGUUCGCCACCAAGCGACCCUCCAACAAAGAGUUAUCCAGCAGUAACUCCUCACUCAGUUCCACGUCAGAGACGGCCAAUGAGUCGACGUCACCCAACACCCCCGAGUCCGCACCACGAGUCCGCCGGAGGGGAGGCAUGUCUGUGGAUUCCAUCACAGACCUGGACGACAACCAGUCCCGCCUCCUCGAGGCGCUGCAGCUCUCCCUGCCGGCCGAGACGCAGAGCAAGAAGGAAAAGCAUAGGGACAAACGUCUGAGCCUGAACCCCAUCUACCGGCAGGUGCCCCGGGUGGUCGACAGCUGCUGCCAGCACAUCGAGAAAUACGGUUUGCAGACUGUGGGAAUCUUCAGAGUGGGAAGCUCUAAGAAGAGAGUACGACAACUGCGGGAGGAGUUCGAUCGGGGUAUCGACGUGCAGCUGGAUGAGGAGCACAGCGUUCACGAYGUGGCGGCUCUGCUGAAGGAGUUCCUCAGGGACAUGCCCGACCCGCUUCUAACCAGGGAGCUCUACACGGCCUUCAUUAACACCACAUUGUUGGAUCUGGAUGAGCAGCAGAGCGUCACGCAGUUGCUGAUCUACCUUCUCCCAGCAUGCAACAGCGACACUCUUCACCGCCUGCUUGAGUUCCUGUCCACYGUAGCGGACCACGCCAACGACCAGCACACCAAGGACGGUCAGGAGAUCCCAGGGAACAAAAUGACGUCUCUAAACCUCGCCACCAUCUUCGGGCCCAACCUGCUCCACAAACAGAAGAGCUCGGAUAAGGAGUUCAGCGUCCAGAGCUCUGCCCGGGCCGAGGAGAGCACCGCCGUCAUCGCCGUGCUGCAGAGGAUGAUCGCGGGGUGCCAAACCCUCUUCAUGGUGCCCCCCGAUCUGCAAAAUGAAGUCUUGAUGAGCCUUUUGGAGACGGAUCCAGAUGUGGUUGACUAUCUUCUCAGGAGGAAAGCCUCACAGAGUCCCGACCUCCUUCAGCCUGAGGAGCCCUUCGCUCUGAGCGAGCGACGUUCGUCCAGCGACUCCAACAAGGUGUCCAGUGGUGAAGUUUCUCCUUACGACAACAAUUCGCCAGUGCUGAGCGAGCGAAGAGGGGAUCCGGGGAGUCCAGCUGGUGACCAGCAGUUUCCUGUGGUGGAGCAGGUGGCCGACUGGAGUCGAGAGCCUUCCAAAGAAGAGCAUGCCAACAUUUGGGGCACAUGGCACACCACUCUCAAGCCAGUUCUCAAGAAUCAAUCGCAUACAGGUUCCCAUGGCAACAUGUCAGAGGAAAGCUCCCGCAGCUCUCAGGAAGGUCUUGACGGACUCCACGGCGACGUCAAACUGCACACAGACGCAAAACGGACUCACACAACACCGGAGUGCAGAUCCCACCCCCCUGUAACCCGACUGUGCACAGCCCCCCACUCGGAGAGGGGGCGGCCGCGCCUCCACCUGAACAUUAACCCCCCCGUGACAGCCCACCUGAACAGCAUGCCGGGCCCCCUCCGGUCACCAAGCGACGGACGCUCCCCUCCCCCCUACAAUGCCCAUCACCGUGUGGCAGGCUCUCAGAGCUYGCCGCAGCUUGCCGCGCCUCCCCGACCCCCGCCGCAGCCCGGCAGGCCGACAACGCCGCAGACCAACUCGGGCCAGAUGGUUCCGCAGAGUUCCGAGUGGCAGGACUGGCAGCGGGAACGKUGGCAGAUCUGGCAGCUGCUCUCGUCAGACAACGCCGACACACUGCCGGAGACGCUGAUCCCAGGGAACAAAAUGACGUCUCUAAACCUCGCCACCAUCUUCGGGCCCAACCUGCUCCACAAACAGAAGAGCUCGGAUAAGGAGUUCAGCGUCCAGAGCUCUGCCCGGGCCGAGGAGAGCACCGCCGUCAUCGCCGUGCUGCAGAGGAUGAUCGCGGGGUGCCAAACCCUCUUCAUGGUGCCCCCCGAUCUGCAAAAUGAAGUCUUGAUGAGCCUUUUGGAGACGGAUCCAGAUGUGGUUGACUAUCUUCUCAGGAGGAAAGCCUCACAGAGUCCCGACCUCCUUCAGCCUGAGGAGCCCUUCGCUCUGAGCGAGCGACGUUCGUCCAGCGACUCCAACAAGGUGUCCAGUGGUGAAGUUUCUCCUUACGACAACAAUUCGCCAGUGCUGAGCGAGCGAAGAGGGGAUCCGGGGAGUCCAGCUGGUGACCAGCAGUUUCCUGUGGUGGAGCAGGUGGCCGACUGGAGUCGAGAGCCUUCCAAAGAAGAGCAUGCCAACAUUUGGGGCACAUGGCACACCACUCUCAAGCCAGUUCUCAAGAAUCAAUCGCAUACAGGUUCCCAUGGCAACAUGUCAGAGGAAAGCUCCCGCAGCUCUCAGGAAGGUCUUGACGGACUCCACGGCGACGUCAAACUGCACACAGACGCAAAACGGACUCACACAACACCGGAGUGCAGAUCCCACCCCCCUGUAACCCGACUGUGCACAGCCCCCCACUCGGAGAGGGGGCGGCCGCGCCUCCACCUGAACAUUAACCCCCCCGUGACAGCCCACCUGAACAGCAUGCCGGGCCCCCUCCGGUCACCAAGCGACGGACGCUCCCCUCCCCCCUACAAUGCCCAUCACCGUGUGGCAGGCUCUCAGAGCUYGCCGCAGCUUGCCGCGCCUCCCCGACCCCCGCCGCAGCCCGGCAGGCCGACAACGCCGCAGACCAACUCGGGCCAGAUGGUUCCGCAGAGUUCCGAGUGGCAGGACUGGCAGCGGGAACGKUGGCAGAUCUGGCAGCUGCUCUCGUCAGACAACGCCGACACACUGCCGGAGACGCUGGUGUGAUCUCAAGACUGUAGUCUCCAAAACCUUUCACUGACCAGCCCUCCGUCUUUUCCUUCUCUUCAGAAUCCCCCUUUGCGCUCCCGCAUCUCAGCGCCAUGAAGUUGUUUACAUGCGCAGCUCCUGCCUUAUACAGACUUUUUUUUAUUAUUAUUAUCUACGAGCCACAAGUAUUUCUUCUUUGUAUGGAUUUUGUGACCUCUCUUUUUUUGUUGUUGUUGAGUUAGGAGCCCACCAAAAAUACCUCAAAAUAUAUAAACCCCUGUAGAGAAAACACCCAAGUAUUCCACUAAGAAUCAGUUUAUCCACCCUGAUGGAGAACUUUUUUUUUUCCAUUUUUUAAACACAUUUUAUUGCUUUUAUUUUUUUUACACAAACUCUAAGAUGUACGCAUCAUUAUUUGCUGCUAACUUUUUUUGUGCAUUCUAUUGAUGUAAUUCAACCACGUUUCUGCAAAGAUCAAACUUUGAAUUAUGCUUUAAUGUUAAAUGUUAUCGGACUGUACAAUAUGUAAGAUAAUGUAACAUAUGUAUGUUUUCCUCAGAGUAUCUCCGUAAAAUUAACACACCUUC